CGUACCCACUUUUGAAAAAAGAAAAAACACACACACAAAAUGAAGUUACCACCUUUAUUUUUAUUUAAUUUAAUUACACACUAUUAUUUGGUUCAUUAAUGAAAUUUCCAUUCAACUAAAAACCUUAUUUUCAUUCCUCUUCUUUUUCCUAGUCCUUUUCCCCCCUUGAAUUUGCUUUUCCUAGUGUAGUAGUAAUAAUAGUAGUAGUACUCGACUUAUGUCCAAGUUUUUCUCAGAGAAAAUUCUUGCAUCGUUUUGGGUCUCUGGUUUCUUUUCUCAUGUGGGCAUGUCAGGUCAGUUAAAAAAAAAAAAAAGAGUUCACUGUCACAUUCAUAUAAGAGAGAAUAUUAGUGAAAUAAUAAGGGAAAUGAGUUCACUUUUCUGAGUGUGUUGUAGAGUAGUACUCUUUUAAAAAAAAUUCAGCCUUUCCAGCAAUACUAGUCUAGUUUUGUUCUUGUUUAGUCUUUCCUUUUAUAUAGCUGUCUCUAUCGUUAAGGAGCUUUCUCUUCUCUGAGCUUGGAUGAGUGGGUUUCUUUUUGGGUGCGUGUAGAGAGAUAUGCUUCAAAUUCUUAUUCAUUCAGAUCAAGUCAAGGCUGAGAAUGAGAUAUUGUAACAUUUCUGAGAUGGGUUUUUCGUUUUGGCUUAUGAUAAUUUGAGGUAAACAGAUUCAGUCCCUUUGAACUGUUGCUAUCCCUUUUUCUUAUCUAUGAUAUUUUUGUUUUGAGAGCUUUCUUUAUUUUUAAAAAUUGGACGCCAGUUGUUCGUUAAAUUGGUGGAGAGUGAAGUUUUGAAAGUGAAUUUAAGUUUUGCCAAAAUUAGAAAAAAAAAAUGAGAGAUUUCCCAUCUUGUUUCGGUGAAAAUGGAGUUCAAGUUGCGGAUUCUUCUUCGUCGAGCAGCAGUAAGAAUGCCCAGAAUUUGGUUACUUGUGUGUAUCAAUGCCGGCUUCGAGGAAGGUCUUGCUUGAUUACUGUUUCAUGGAGUAAAAACUUGAUGGGUCAAGGCCUUACAGUUGGAAUCGACGACUCAUCGAAUCAUUGUCUCUGUAAGGUUGAUAUUAAACCAUGGUUGUUCUCCAAGAGAAGAGGUUCAAAGAGUUUAGAAGCGUAUUCUAGUAAGAUUGAUAUAUAUUGGGACUUUUCUUCUGCUAAAUUUGGAUCCGGGCCUCAACCAUUGGAGGGAUAUUAUGUGGGUGUUGUGGUAGAUCGACAAAUGGUUCUCCUUCUCGGGGAUUUGAGAAAAGAAGCUUUCAAAAAGACUAGUGCAACUCCUAUGCCUUCAGAUGCUGUUUUUGUUGCAAAGAAAGAACACAUCUUUGGUAAGAGGGUUUUCAGCACCAAGGCUCAGUUUUGCAACAAUGGUCAAAUUCAUGAUCUUGUGAUAGAAUGUGACACGAUUGGAGUGACUGAUCCGUGCCUUAUGAUCAGGGUAGAUGGUAAGACUCUGAUGCAAGUGAAGAGGCUUAGAUGGAAGUUCAGGGGAAACCAUACCAUCUUGGUUGAUGGUCUUGCAGUUGAAGUUUUCUGGGAUGUCCACAGUUGGCUCUUUGGUACAUCACUUGGGAAUGCUGUUUUCAUGUUCAAGACAUGCCUGUCUGCCGAGAUGUUGUGGUCUAGUCAAUCUCUAGCCGACCCGAAUGCUUUACCGUGGUCUUUUUCGCAGCGAUUUUCUGAUAGUAAAGGGUCAUCUCUUGGUUUUUCCCUGAUAUUAUAUGCUUGGAAGAAUGAAUAGAGUGAGGCAAAGGUUCUUCAUUGAGAGCUAUUUGCUUUGCUAACUGUGAGUGAGUAGUGAUGAUUCUUGUCAACUAUGCUUGGAUUACACCAGAUUAAAAUUAUAUAUGAAUCCAUUUGUUCUUUUUGUUGUCGUUUUAUUUUUUCUUUUUCACUUCACUAUUCAGUAAAUUAGGCCACAUGAAUAGAUCACAGACAUUUUUUUUCAUUCCCCUUCUGCUGGUUGUAUAUCCCUCUUACAAUGUUAAAUUGGUUCUCAAUAUGUUUUCCCCCUCUAGUGAAUAUUCUGUUAACAAAAUCAUGAUUUUGAAUCUUAUUUUGCCUACUCAAACAAAA